AUGUCUGAAGGGGGUAGCCACGAUAACUUCCUUUGGGAUAAUGAGGUAUGGGCGUUAUCAAACUCGGAUAACUCGGGAAGAAGUGAUGAAAACCAACCUGCUAAGAAGUUUAGCGAAUCCAAUAACUCAAACUGUCCCACUCCGAGGGAAGCUGAGCCCGGCGUUGGGCCAUCCUUGGGGAAGAGGAAGAGAAAAAAUGGAAAGCAGCCUAGUGUUGAAGGGAAUGAUCAGGCUGCUGAAGGGAAAGGCAGUGCUGGAGCAGAUCAUGAGUUGCAUAUAUGGACAGAACGAGAAAGGAGGAAGAAGAUGAGAAGCAUGUUUUCUAAUCUCCAGUCUUUGCUUCCUCAACUUCCUCCCAAGGCUGACAAGUCAACUAUUGUUGAUGAGGCAGUAAACUACAUCAGGUCACUGCAACAAACACUUCAGCGGCUUCAGAAGCAAAAGCUAGAAAUGAUUCGUGGCCUGACAACGAUCAAUUAUGACCCUUCUAUGAUUACACCACACAGAUUAGCCAUGGAUUCGAGGGAGGCAUUUUUAGCUGAUCAGGGAUCUUCGAGCCAACUGAGUUCCAACCCGAACCCACUCGGGGUUGCUCGAUUUCCUACUAGUUUUCGAACAUGGGCUACUCCAAACAUGGUCCUCAAUGUAUGCGGUGACAAAGCACACAUCAAUAUUUGCUGUCCCAAGAAGCUCGGACUUUUCAGUGCCAUUUGCUACUUCUUGGAAAAGCAUAAGCUAGAGGUUGUAUCUGCUCAUGUUUCAUCUGACAAUUAUAGGAGCUUGUACAUGAUUCAAGCCCAAGCUCUGGAUCAUCAGUACCCGGAGGCGUUCUCAUUUGAUGAUAUUUUCCAUUUAGCUACGGGGGAGAUGAUGAUGUACAUGUCUUCCUUGUAACAGCUCCAGCGCCAGCGCCAGCGCAAGUUCAAGCAAUAAGAUAUGAGAUCAUGAUUGAUUAAUUUCUUAGGCCGAAAUGUUUAUUUAUUUAUUUUGGGUGCUGUCUAUCUCUGGAGGAAGAGCAUAAUUAGGAUUUUAAUGUUGAAGUCAGUCAGGUAUAUAUCCUGAUCAGCAAAAGUUGCAGCAUAUGAUA